CCGUGUGCGCUCUCUGCGCGGCGAGCCCCGAGGGCGGCGGCGGCGGUUUCACGUGUUCCCCGCGCCGGGUGGAAGCCGUUGGUGGCCCCGGCUGAGAGGCGAGAGGCCUCUCCUUGACAGCACCUCCACCACAGAUCGUCCUGUGACUGGGGAGCACUGGGGAGCGUGGGGGAAGGGGCGGUCCUCCAGUUGGAGCUCAAGGACAAGAGUUGAAACCUCUCUUGGAUUGAGACUAUCUAGUGAUAAAGAUAAAAAUGGUAUUUUUCACAUGCAAUGCAUGUGGUGAAUCAAUAAAGAAAAUACAAGUGGAAAAGCACGUGUCUGUGUGCAGAAACUGCGAGUGCCUUUCUUGUAUUGACUGUGGCAAGGACUUCUGGGGCGAUGACUAUAAGAGCCACGUGAAGUGCAUCAGUGAAGACCAGAAGUACGGAGGCAAGGGCUACGAGGGGAAGGCCCACAAGGGGGACAUGAAGCAGCAGGCCUGGAUGCAGAAAAUUAAUGAAUUAAUAAAGAAACCCAAUGUCAGCCCCAAAGUGAGAGAACUUUUAGAACAAAUCAGUGCUUUUGACAAUGUUCCUAGGAAAAAAGCCAAAUUUCAGAACUGGAUGAAGAACAGUUUAAAAGUUCAUAAUGAGUCUGUCCUAGACCAGGUGUGGAAUAUCUUUUCUGAAGCUUCCAGCAGUGAGCCUGGUCCACAGCCAGCCAGCGAAGCGGAGAAGCCGCGGGUCGACGUCUCCAGCAAGGUUCUGGCCUCAAAGGCAAAUGGCCCCACAGAAGAGCAGGAAGAAGUAAAGAAGAACAAAAGAGAAAGAAAGGAAGAGCGGCAGAAGAACAGAAAAAGGGAAAAGAAAGAACUGAAACUAGAAAAGUGCCAAGAGAAUGUGACGGGCAAGAAGCCUAAGAAGCGCAGGCAGGGACUGGAGGUGGCGGCGGAGACCCCCACGACCAACGGCCUGGCGGGCAAGAAGAGCAAGAAGAAGAAGAAGGGCCUGGGCAAGUGGGCCACCGCGCAGGGCGCUGGCGGGGAGAGGGCUGCUGGGGAGGACGCCCACAAAGAGGCGGCGAAGGCCGCGGCAGGAAAACGGAAGCGGAGGCCCACAGAAACUGAAGCAGACCCUAAGAAGAAAAUGAAGUUUCCAGAACAUACUGAGGAUGGAGUAGAGGACCUCGAGGCUCCUGGGAAAGCGGUUCGAGUCCAUUGCUUUGGGACCUGUGGUAAGACAGAGCGUCACGGCGGGAGCGCUGGGCGCAGCCACACUGCUUAUGUCACAACCAGGAAGCGGAAGAGAGAGGAAGAGGCCCAGGCCCCUUGUCGCCGGGGCACUCUUGAAGGUAAAUUCAACUGGAAAGGAACGAUUAAGGCGGUUCUGAGGCAGGCUCCUGACCACCAGCUCUCAGUCAAAAAGCUAAAGAAAAAGGUUUUAGCUCAGUAUCACAUGGUGAUGAACGACCACCACAGAUCAGAGGAGGAACUCCUGGUCAUCUUCAACAAGAAGAUCAGCAAGAACCCCACCUUCAAGUUGGUAAAGGACAAAGUCAAGCUUACAGAAUGAGACUUCCACCUGUGUCUUUGUAAAACUUGGAGUGAAUAACUCAAAUUUUACUUUCUAAACCUGUGUUUUUAAGUUAAGGAAAAAGUAUAUUUUUGUUAGAACUUUUAUGGAAAAAUUAAAUAUAUUGUCAAAUUCUA